CGGUCGGAGGUCUCGCGGUGCUCGAGCUGCGCGUGCGUGGGCCCGCGCGCGGGAGAUUGUGGCGGGCGAGAGGAGGUGGCUCGGGCCAUUUUUGCGCGGCCGAUUCGCCUGCAGUUAGGCGGCCGUUUCUCCUCUGCCUGGCCUUGGCGGCUCUGGGAGCUGCUUGGUGCCAUGGCCGCCAAGAGGGAGGGCAAACGUCUUUGGCUUUCCCUGCUGGCCCUGGGCUUCGACCCGAAGGCUGACGGCAUGGGCGUGACGCUGGGACCGAAGAUGUUUGUAAUCCCCAACAACGGUGCAUUUUGUGUCAUUUCCCUCUUCUUGUUUCGUAAGCUGGAUAAGUCCCGUGCAGAAAAACUGUUUGCAAACAGUCCCUAUCCAGUAGGAAUAAACAUGGAUCUUGCCUUUAGGAAGAAGUGCUGUAUAUGGCUAAAAGAUAUUGAAAGCAAAGGACAACACAGUUUUCCUCACAUUAGACCUUCUUCAUUUAUUUCUCCUGGUGGUCCUAAAUUUAUUCACCUAUUGUAUUUAUUUGCAAGACAUGUAGUGAUUGAAGACAUGAAAAUUAACUCCAUAGGUCCUGAUAUACCUUUUGCUGAAGCUGUAAAGUUGAGACCUAAGGAUGUGUACAUGGCAAAUGCAAGAUGUAAAGUCGCAUACAAUAAACUUCUGCAAAUUCUUAGACUGCAAGAUUUUAUUAUUCAAGAAUAUCGGAAAAAAUCACGGAUUUUAAUUAGAGAAAUAAAACUGAUAAAGUUUGAAUAUACAGUCUUGAAGAUACGGUCUUGCAGGAUGAAACAAAGAGACCAAAACAAAAAUAACAAAACUGAGAGAAUUCAAAAGGUCCGCAGCAUGUGGACACUUAUAAUGGAAAUGCUUACAUCUCUGGAAAAGGAAAAGGAAGUUGUGGAUUCUGUACUUGCUGAACUUGAAAGUUAUGUUCAUCGAUGCAUUUUAGAUGGAACUGAUGUUGCUUUCAGUGUUCCACAGCCAUUGGUUCGCAGACUUGAAAAUGACAUACAUGAAAUUUGUUCAGGAAAUAUAUAUGAAGGUGAAAAACUGAAUUUCUUAACAGUCAUUCAGUUAUUAAAUGAAGCCCUGAGGACACUGAGAGAUGAACGGUGUCAACCUGAAUUAAAACAAAUGCAGGUCAUUGAGAAGAAGGUGAUGGUCUGCAAUAAAUUACUGCAGCGUUUGGUAGCAAAUAGACUAAAAAUAGAGCAACAGCAUCGUGUGUCAAGUGCAUCUAUUUCUAGAAAACAGGAAGACUGGGAAGUGAAGUGGAAAAGCUUUCUUGGUCUGUGUCCUUUUAAUUUAAUCUUGCAUCAGUAUCCAGUAAAUAGGGUUCAAUUUACCUGGUUCUGGGGAAGAGAAAAUGUAAAGGAACCGCAUUGGUCAAAAGCUUUGCCACCCCUUUCUUUUAAUCUUGAAGAAAGAGAUGAGGAUAUUGUCCCUUGUCAACAUGUAGCAUCAGUUUCAGAUGUUUGUGACACUAUUCAUGAGGUAUGUUACGGGAAGAGUAAUGAGGCAUUGGAAACGGUGAUAGAUAAGUCAACACUACCACCAAGAGGGAUCUCUUUAGUGCCUUUGGAGUUGUCAAAAUCCUCAGAAAACAGAGAUGUGUUAAUUGAAAAGAACUUGCAUAUUGAAACUUGCAAGGGGAAAAAAAAGCCUGUGCCUCCAGAGAUCUUAAAAAAUGGAAAGAAUGAGUCUGUCAUUUCAGAAAUGGAGAAUGCAGGUGAUCAUAUUGUCCAGACACAGUCUGCUGUCAAAAAAGAAGACCCUCUUAAGAAAGCCAGAGAUGAACUGGCAGAAGAGGUUGCAAGAGCUGUGAUAUCUGGGUCUCCUCAGACUGGUGAAGGAAAAGGAAUGGCAUUAGAAGAUCUCAUUAGGGCACUGGCUUUUAACCCAUUUAUAACAAGGAAUCAGAUUCCUCGGACUCCAGAAAAGCUGUUUACUGAUGUUAGAAGCUCAUGGAGAAAAACUAUUCAAACUGAGGGCUCAUCAGACAUGGAGCCGAUACCAGCUGAAGUAACGAUAGAAGAAGAUGCAAUGGAUGCUACACUUACCAUGGAGGAGGAAUCCGACUCUACACUCAUGUGCUCUACCUCUGAUUCUGAUUCAGAGAACCAGACUCUUCUGUAUGUAAAGAGCAGCACGAAUACUCCAGCUAUCUGUUCAGAAAACAACAGCAGAACAAAUGUUCUACCUUCAGACCACUUUCAGGCUUCCUUAGUGAAUGAGAUGCAGCACUGGAAUGUUAGAAGCCCAUCGAGAAAAACUAUUCAAACUGAGGGCUCAUCAGACAUGGAGCCAAUACCAGCUGAAGUAACGAUAGAAGAAGAUGCAAUGGAUGCUACACUUAACAUGCAGGAGGCAUCCGACUCUACACUCAUGUGCUCUACCUCUGAUUCAGAGAACCAGACUCUUCUGUAUGUAAAGAGCAGCAUGAAUACUCCAGGUAUCUGUUCAGAAAACAACAGCAGAACAAAUGUUCUGCCUUCAGACCACUUUCAGGCUUCCUUAGUGAAUGAGAUACAGCAGCAGAAUGUAUCUCUAUUGUUCAGUUCUGUCAGUUGUGAAGGCAGCCACUUGGGUAUAUUGGAUGAGACAUUUCCAGAAGAGUUUGAUAGCUUUGAUUCCAGUGAUUAUUCAUGGUCAGAGCCUGAUUUUGAUGUAAUAGACAGCACAUACAUAGCAGGUGAUCCAGAUAAUGAGGGGGAUAUUCAAAAAUCAAAGCUAGAUCUACAGUCCCCGUUCAACACAAAUAAAGUGCUGAAAAAUACCACAUCUAGAAGUGAAGAGAAGCUGCAUCAAACAUAUAAUGGAGGUGAAUCUUUAAGUUGUAAAUCAGACCUCAAUCUUGCACUAGAAAAAAGAGAAAGAGAUGAAUUUUGCAAUCCUGUAGAACUCUUCUCCUCAGAUAAAGAAUUUACCUUAAUGCCAUCACCAGAAUCUCCUAAUGAAAGAAAAUAUUCCUUGUCAUCUUUACUGGUAUCCUGUCAGCAACUGGAGGAAAUAUACACAAUGGUACACAAUAUCCCAGUAGAGUUAGUACAUAAAUUGAAGGGUAAAGAGCAGUUGAAUGAGAAUCUGGGCACAAAGGAACCUUCAUCAGGACAGAAUUUGUAAAGCAGAAGCAUUACUCCAAUAUUACAGUUAUGGUUCACCUGAGCAUGUAGCAUCUUUUCCAAGAACUGUUUAGAUGGAGAAGUUCCACUACUUUCUAUUUUUUGAGGAGACUGUAUUCCUGUCUCCUUGCUUAGGAGUAUCAGUUGCCUGUUCUUGUUCUUCCAAUUUCAUGUCAUCUAUAGUAGCUUUCUGUGUACAGCCUAUCUUUGAUUUACAGAACUAGGAAUUUAAGAGCUUUGUUUUUAAAAAUAGCAGAUGUUAAGCAGGUUGCAUAAUCCUAGAAAAUGGAAAAUGAAAUCUCAAAUGCGAAAUAAUAAAAUCUUUAGUGUCUCUAC